AUGGGAAAAGACUAUUACGCGGUGCUGGGAGUAGGCAGGGAUGCGGACGAGAACGAGCUGAAGAAGGCAUACCGCAAGCUCGCGAUGAAGUGGCACCCGGACAAGAACCCAGACCGCAAGGAGGAGGCGGAGAGGAAGUUCAAGGACAUAUCCGUCGCAUACGAGGUGCUUUCUGACCCAGAGAAGAAGCGCAUCUACGACCAAUUCGGGGAGGAGGGCCUCAACAGCGGGAUGGGCGGGGGCGGCGGAGGGGGCGGGAUGGGCGGCAUGGGCGGGUUCCGGUCGCCGGAGGAGCUCUUCGCGGCCAUGUUCGGCGGCGGCGGCUUCGGAGGGUUUGGCGGCAUGGAUGACGACAUGGGGGGCAUGGGCGGGAUGCCGUUCGGGUUUGGGGGCAUGGGGGGCAUGGGGGGCGCACGGAGGGCGCCAAGGAAGCCGCCUCCGGUGGAGCAGCCGCUGCCGUGCACGCUCGAGGAGCUGUACACGGGCGCGAACCGGCGGUUGAAGAUUACGCGCAAGGUGAACGGCAUGCCCACCUCGGACGUGCUGGAGAUCGCGGUGAAGCCCGGGUGGAAGGCCGGGACGCGGAUCACGUUCCCGGACAAGGGCGGCGACUCGCACCACGGCCGGCCGGCGGCGGACCUCGUUUUUACCAUCCAGGAGAAACCGAACAGCAGCUUCCGGCGGGACGGCAACGACCUGGUUUAUACCUCGCGGAUCCCGCUCGCGGACGCGCUGACAGGGUUCGUGCUGCGGAUCCCGCACAUCAGCGGGCAGCUGCUCGAGAUCCCCGUGAACGACGUGGUGGCGCCCGGGGCGGUUCGGGUGCUUCCGAAGAAGGGAAUGCCUAUUUCAAAGUCGCCAGGAGACUUCGGGAAUCUCCGCGUGGAGUUCCAGGUCAUUUUCCCCACGUACCUCAGCGACGCCCAGAAACAGGCCAUCCGAGGAACGCUGUCGUCGAGUUAG